AUGUCUGCCGGUGUUCGUGUUUGUUCAGACUUGCAGUGUGGAUCAGAAACCACCUCAGGACUCAAAUGCCCUAUUUGCUUGAAGCAAGGAAUCGAUCAACCAUUCUGCGAUGAGGGCUGUUAUAAAAACAGCUACAAAGCUCACAAAGCUUUGCAUUGGAAAGAUGACAAACCUAGCCCUUACGAUCCCUUCCCUAAAUUCAAGUACACUGGACAGCUGAAAGCUGCCUACCCUUUGACUCCGAAAAGAGUGGUUCCCAAGGAUAUUGCCGCACCAGAAUGGGCAGAAGACGGACUCCCUGAGUUGGAACAGCGUAACGACACCAAGAACACGAUCAUCGUCUACUCAAAAGAAGAGAUCAAGCGUAUUCGUAAAGCCUGCAUGCUGGCCAGAGAAGUCCUCGAUAUCACCGCUGCAGCGCUACAACCUGGCGUAACGACCGAUGAGCUGGAUCGCAUCGCACACGAGGAAACCGUGAAAAGACAGGCCUACCCAUCGCCUUUGAACUACUAUAACUUUCCUAAGUCCUUGUGCACCUCGGUUAACGAGAUCGUGUGUCACGGUGUUCCUGACCAGACUGUGUUGAAAGACGGUGACAUCAUCAAUCUGGAUGUGUCGUUGUUUUGGAACGGCGUGCAUGCAGAUCUCAACGAAACCUACUACGUCGGUGAAAACAUCUCAAAAGAGGCGAUCAACACCGUUGAAACUUCAAGAGAGUGUUUGAAGGCUGCCAUCAAGCAGUGCAAGCCUGGCGCUACGUUCCAAGAAUUGGGCAAUUACAUCGAAAAACACGCCAAGGAAAACAAAUGCUCUGUGGUCAGAACCUACUGCGGCCACGGAGUGGGCCGCUUUUUCCACUGUGCACCAAACAUCCCACAUUACGCGGGAAACAGAACUUCGGGCGUUAUGCAGCCCGGUAUGAUCUUCACCGUUGAGCCUAUGAUUAACGAAGGCUCUUGGCAGGACGUCACGUGGCCCGACGACUGGACUUCUUCAACCAAAGACGGUAAGUUAAGCGCUCAAUUCGAGCAUACUUUGCUUGUGACAGAGCACGGUGUGGAGAUCUUGACUGCCAGAAACAAAAAAUCGCCAGGUGGACCCAGACCCCGGAGAAAGUAA